AUGAAUGGGGCCAACCGACGAGCGAGUUCGGCCGGAAGUCUUACACUAGGUGAACAACAUGAUGAACAACUCGAUUUUGAUGUACUUCGGUCCCAGUCCUCAAGGGGUUCCCGUCAUACUUUUCCAGACUCGGUUACAGAUGAAUUCUACGCCAGAAAUCGGCUUGAAUCGGAUUUGUUAGACGCGAUGAUGUGCAUUGAAGACUUGAAACAAGCUUUGGAAUUACGCAUGGCUCGGGAUCCACGUGAAGCGGAGGAAAGACGCUAUCUGAUACGACAGAAUAAAAAGCUUUUAAAUCAGCUAUACGAAUCGGCCAAGAAAAUUGAACGACUCGAAUUGACCAAAGUGGAAAUGAAGGAACAAUUGGAACUGCUGGAUUUUCAAAUACUUGAAGUGGAAAAUCAGAAAGCGAUGAUGGAAGAAGAACUGCGACGGUUACCUUCAUGCAAUCACUCGGCAACUCAGACUGAGGUGGGUUUGGUCUGUUUGCUUUUUAUUUCCCUCGCCCGUCUACCCCUCUCCUCCGGCUAUGUGGUCGGUGUCAUUUGGUUUAACAGCCCAAUUUUGUGUCUUCUACUAUCGCUUCACGUGAUCUUGUUAUCUGAAUCACACAUUUUUGCAAUUUUCGAAUGUUAA